AACUUACCUCAUAGAAAGCUGGCCCAAAACCAGUUUGGAGCCCAAAUGUUUUUCGAUUCUCUUCUCUCUCUCGUUAAUGGCUGGUGAGAAAGAUUCUUCUUUCAGUUCCAAUUUCUUCAAGGAGAGAACCCUAAUUCUGAACUCUGAAGCAUGGCUAUCACGGCUUCGAUGAGGAUUUUGAUUGAGCUCAAGGAUCUCCUGGAGGACCCUCCUUCAAAUUUCACCGCAGUCCUUGAAGAGCUCAAGCUUGAAUACUGUGAGCUGAGAAGGAGAAUUCAGAGAAAGAAUGUGGAACUUGAGAUACUGAAACUCAAAGACCAAAUGAGGUUUGUUGAUGAAGUUAUGAGUGGGGAAAUCAUAGUGAACAAUAGGGAGAAAGCUGAUCUUGUUCAGGAGUUGAGACAGAGAGGAUACACACAGUUCCCGAACAAGGCCAAGCCUGCUGGACCAUUUGAUGCUGCUGAAGAAUUUGAUGAUGAGCUGCUGAUACUAGAAAACAAAGUGAAGUAUAUCGGUGGAUUAAUCAGUGGAGAAAUCAAAGCGAUUAACAAGAAGAAAGCUGAUCUUGUUCAGGAGUUGAGACAGAGAGGAUUCACACCGUUUCCGAACAAUGCCAAGGGUGUCGAAGGUGCAGUCUCUGGAGAAUCUGACUAUGGCUACUUAUUGGCAUUGGCUAUGAAAACCAUGUCUCAAGAGAAAGUCGAGCAGUUUUUGGCAGAAGCUGAUGAGUCUCUUCUUGACAUGGAACUGCAGAAACUUGAUUUCAACGAUGCUCAUACAGCUGAAAAAGAGAGUGAAGCAGCACAGAUUAAGAAGAUCAAAGCAGACCAUAUCUCUGGAUGAUGAGAUGAUGAUCAUGAUCAGAGGACUUGGGAUAAAUAUAUAAAAUAGAGACUAAUGUUUGAU